UGGCAUUUCCGAGACCCGGAGAUAUGGCAUAAGAUAUUUCUUCAAGAUUGGACAGCUGGUGACCUGCUAUUUCUGAUAGCCUUAAGCUGACUUUAUAGACAUAGAGAAACCUCACGGAAUCACAUUGGAAUUUUCUGCUUUACGACAUUUCUGGCGCCUAAGUUCAUUCUGCAACCAUGUAUGGAAGUGCUCGAUCAGUAGGGAAAGUGGAACCAAGCAGCCAGAGUCCUGGGCGAUCACCUCGGCUUCCACGGUCCCCUCGCUUAGGUCAUAGGCGAACAAAUAGUACAGGAGGGAGUUCUGGAAACAGUGUUGGAGGUGGCAGUGGGAAAACCCUUUCAAUGGAGAACAUACAGUCCUUAAAUGCUGCCUAUGCUACAUCUGGCCCUAUGUACCUAAGUGACCAUGAAAACGUGGGUUCAGAAACACCUAAAAGCACCAUGACACUUGGCCGUUCUGGGGGGCGCCUGCCGUAUGGUGUUAGGAUGACUGCUAUGGGCAGUAGCCCCAAUAUAGCAAGCAGUGGGGUUGCUAGCGAUACCAUAGCAUUUGGAGAACAUCACCUCCCUCCUGUUAGUAUGGCAUCCACUGUACCUCACUCUCUUCGUCAGGCAAGAGAUAACACCAUCAUGGAUCUGCAGACACAGCUAAAGGAAGUAUUAAGAGAAAAUGAUCUCUUGAGGAAGGAUGUGGAAGUAAAGGAAAGCAAAUUAAGUUCUUCGAUGAAUAGCAUCAAGACCUUUUGGAGCCCAGAGCUGAAGAAAGAGCGAGCCUUGAGAAAAGACGAAGCUUCCAAAAUCACCAUUUGGAAGGAGCAGUACCGAGUUGUGCAGGAAGAAAACCAGCACAUGCAGAUGACAAUCCAGGCUCUCCAGGAUGAGCUGCGGAUUCAGAGGGACCUGAACCAGCUGUUUCAGCAAGACAGCAGCAGUAGGACUGGAGAGCCUUGUGUGGCAGAGCUGACAGAGGAGAACUUCCAGAGGCUGCACACCGAGCAUGAGCGGCAAGCCAAAGAGCUGUUCCUCUUGCGGAAGACCCUGGAGGAAAUGGAGUUGCGAAUUGAAACGCAGAAGCAAACCCUAAGUGCUCGGGAUGAGUCCAUUAAGAAGCUUCUGGAGAUGUUGCAGAGCAAAGGGCUUUCUGCUAAAGCCACGGAGGAAGACCACGAAAGGACAAGGCGGCUGGCAGAGGCAGAGAUGCACGUUCAUCACCUAGAAAGCCUUCUGGAGCAAAAGGAAAAAGAGAAUAAUAUGUUGCGAGAGGAGAUGCAUCGGAGAUUUGAGAAUGCCCCUGAUUCUGCCAAAACAAAAGCCUUACAAACUGUCAUUGAGAUGAAGGAUUCUAAAAUUUCUUCCAUGGAGCGUGGACUCCGAGACCUGGAAGAGGAAAUUCAGAUGCUGAAAUCAAAUGGGGCUUUGAGUACUGAAGAGCGGGAGGAGGAGAUGAAACAAAUGGAGGUGUAUAGGAGCCACUCCAAAUUCAUGAAAAAUAAGGUAGAGCAACUGAAGGAGGAACUAAGUUCGAAAGAGGCUCAAGGGGAGGAGCUGAAAAAGAGAGCUGCUGGUCUUCAGUCUGAGAUUGGCCAGGUGAAACAAGAGUUGUCCAGAAAGGACACUGAACUGCUAGCCUUACAGACAAAGCUAGAAACUCUCACGAACCAGUUCUCAGACAGUAAGCAACAUAUUGAGGUGCUGAAGGAGUCCCUCACGGCUAAGGAACAAAGGGCUGCCAUCCUGCAGACUGAGGUGGAUGCUCUUCGAUUGCGUUUGGAAGAAAAGGAGACAAUGCUGAAUAAAAAAACCAAACAAAUUCAAGAUAUGGCUGAGGAGAAAGGUACACAAGCUGGAGAGAUACACGACCUUAAGGACAUGCUGGACGUGAAGGAGCGGAAGGUCAAUGUUCUUCAGAAGAAGAUUGAGAAUCUCCAGGAACAGCUGAGAGAUAAAGAGAAGCAGAUGAGCAGCUUGAAAGAGCGAGUCAAAUCCCUGCAGGCAGACACCACCAACACAGACACAGCGCUCACCACCCUGGAGGAGGCUCUUGCAGAGAAAGAACGGACAAUUGAACGCUUAAAGGAGCAGCGGGACAGAGAUGAGCGAGAGAAGCAAGAGGAGAUUGAUACCUACAAAAAAGAUCUUAAAGACUUGAAAGAAAAAGUCAGCCUGUUGCAAGGAGACCUCUCAGAGAAGGAGGCUUCUCUCUUAGAUCUCAAAGAGCAUGCUUCUUCGUUGGCUUCCUCGGGACUGAAAAAGGACUCACGACUGAAGACCCUAGAGAUUGCUCUUGAGCAGAAGAAGGAAGAGUGCCUGAAAAUGGAGUCACAGCUGAAGAAGGCACAUGAAGCAACAUUGGAAGCCAGAGCCAGUCCAGAAAUGAGUGACCGAAUACAGCAGUUGGAGAGAGAGAUUGCCAGGUACAAAGAUGAAUCCAGCAAGGCCCAGACAGAAGUUGACCGCCUCUUGGAAAUCUUGAAAGAAGUGGAAAAUGAGAAGAAUGACAAAGAUAAGAAGAUAGCUGAGUUAGAGAGGCAAGUCAAAGACCAGAAUAAGAAGGUAGCAAAUCUGAAGCACAAGGAGCAGGUGGAGAAGAAGAAGAGUGCACAGAUGCUAGAGGAGGCCCGGAGAAGGGAGGACAGUCUCAGCGACAGUUCCCAGCAACUGCAGGACAGUCUCCGUAAGAAGGAUGACAGGAUUGAAGAGCUGGAAGAAGCACUGAGAGAGAGUGUACAGAUAACUGCAGAGCGUGAAAUGGUGCUGGCACAAGAGGAGUCAGCCAGGACCAGUGCUGAGAAACAGGUGGAAGAGCUGUUGAUGGCCAUGGAGAAGGUGAAGCAGGAACUGGAGUCCAUGAAAGCUAAGCUGUCCUCCACUCAGCAGUCCUUGGCAGAGAAAGAGACACAUCUCACCAAUCUCCGGGCAGAGAGAAGGAAGCACCUAGAGGAAGUUCUGGAGAUGAAGCAAGAAGCUCUUCUGGCUGCUAUUAGUGAAAAGGAUGCUAAUAUAGCUCUUCUCGAGCUUUCCUCCUCUAAGAAAAAGACCCAAGAAGAAGUGGCUGCAUUGAAACGGGAAAAGGACCGCCUGGUGCAGCAACUCAAACAACAGACACAAAAUCGAAUGAAACUAAUGGCUGACAACUAUGAGGAUGACCACUUCAAAUCCUCCCGUUCCAAUCAGACGAACCAUAAACCCUCCCCAGACCAGAUCAUCCAGCCCCUCUUAGAACUUGACCAAAAUAGAAGCAAGUUAAAGUUGUAUAUUGGACACCUGACAGCCCUCUGCCAUGACCGAGACCCCUUAAUCCUUCGUGGACUCACUCCACCAGCUUCUUAUAAUGCAGAUGAUGACCAGGCAGCUUGGGAGAAUGAGCUGCAGAAGAUGACCCAGGAGCAGCUUCAGAGUGAGCUGGAGAAAGUCGAAGGGGACAAUGCAGAGCUGCAGGAGUUCGCCAACACCAUUCUUCAGCAGAUAGCUGAUCACUGCCCUGACAUCCUUGAGCAAGUUGUCAAUGCCCUGGAAGAGUCCUCCUGAGGUGCUCCAAGGAAGGUGACCAAGGAGCCAGAAAGGAGACCCUGAGGAGCAGGGUCUGAGCCGCCUCUGUACCAGACCCUGCUGGC